AUGGAGGAGCUACACGAGUGGGGCACCCGCCUGGAGUUGCUAGAUGACAUCCAGGAGAAGGACAUCGUCUUCAAAGACAUCCUCGGCGCUAUUCAAGUCCCAGGUGCCUCGGACGGUGCCAAGAGUCUGGCCGCGCAACUCGUGUCGAAGCAUGUAGCCAACUUUCCGCACCACGAAGACGCAACCAUUGAUGCGUUGGUGUCGUUGAGUCAGCUUGGCGAAGGAAAGCAGAGCCAGUCCGUCCGAAUUCACGCUAUCCUAGGCCUUGUGAUGUUCAUGAAGGGGCAGACCAUCAUCUCCCUCGCGCUGCAUGAGAAGCUGAGUCGGUUCGUUAACAUGACGUUAGCCCGUGAAACGUCCGGGGUCCUCGUGCGUCACUUGACGUCACUUCACAAGCUCCUUGGACCCACACCCAACGUUUCAAUCCCAAAGUCCACAAACCCCGUCACUGCCGCGCCGCCGUCGCCCGCUAAGGUAGACUCGAAACAAGACUUCAUUCCGCCGUCGCCGUUUGUAUUCGUCAAGGGGUUUCAGCGCAGCUCCGACGCAGACCGUUUGCUCGCGUACUUUCAAGUCAUCGACCCCUCGCUCUCCCGCGACACGGUCCAUCUACACAACCUGAACCGAACGCAUCAAAACGUGUUUAUCGACAGUUCGUCCAUCGACAAGGCGCGUGAAAUCAUCCAAUAUGCAUCGACCCAUCCGUUCCAAGGCCGUACCCUGACGGCGCAAUUUGCGCGCGGCCCCGCCGUCACGUCGGUGGUGUUUCAUGCGGCGGACUCGUACCCCACUGACUGGACCGACCUCGAAAGUAUGUGGCCCGACGUGACCGCGGAGCUCCGUCGUCGGUUUCCCAAGGCGCAGUUCGUGACCACCAGCAUCGGCAAAGCCACGUUUGAGUCCCUGGACACGGUCAAGACCCUCGUCACCAAGGGACUGACGGUGAGGGGGGGGCGGAAGAUCUGUGUCGUGUACGACUCGGAUGAGCAAACCGUCGUCGCACACGAGAAACGAACCAAGCAGCCAUCCCAUACAACUCUGGACAACAAGGUGCAGAAACAAGGGGAACGAGCCAAACAUACCCCCUAUCGCCCACCUGCGACGCCGUCCAGUGGAGCUACUGAGUCUGCCGAGGCGGCGGCAGCUUCCAACGCUGCUUGUACCGCGGCGUCUCCACUUGUCGCCACCAACGACAACGUGUCGCCUCGAACGUCCUCCUGUCAAGGGGUGCUGCUCCCGUCGCCUUCCAAAUACACCGAUCCUUCGCAAGAAGGUCCCCUCAAGGACCCCUCCCCGCCCCGCCUCUACAACUCUCCUCGUCGAACCAACAAUCACACCACCCCCGACGUCCGGAAUCAGAACGAUCGGGCACGCGAUGCCCCGCGGACGAACAGCCGGUCCCGCGACCGCCGACCGCUGCUCCCUCCGCCCGUCGAUUCCGACAAACGGCAGCCUGUGUCACUGGGUGAAAUCGCCCGCGCUGGCGGGUCGGACAGAUACAACGACACGUUGCACCAACGCCGUGGUCUGCGAGAGGAUGAGAGAGUUAACAGACUGGCGCCUCGCGACUUGGAGCGCCGGACAUCCCGAGACCGAGGUCCUCCUGUUUCGAACCGACCGCAGACGAUCGGCGAGAUGGCGCGGGCGGGCGGCGGUUCGUUGUUGGAUCGUCGGUCCCGAUCACGAGACCGGCGUCCUCCUCCGUCGAGUCGCCCGCAGCCAACCCUCGGCGACAUUGCCCGGUCCGGCGGCGGCUCGUUGUCGUGUCGACCUCGGUCCCGAGACCGAGGUCCUCCUGUUUCGAACCGACCGCAGACGAUCGGCGAGAUGGCGCGGGCAGGUGGCGGCUCCUUGUUGGAUCGUCGGUCGCGGUCGCGGGCACGGGCACCCCGCUCCCCUCCUCCAUCCGGCCGGCAGUCGCAGCCGACGAUUGGCGACAUUGCACGGGCUGGCGGCGGGGACGUGUCGAGUCGGUCGUGUUUUGCAGACGCCCCGCGACGACAGAGCAGCAGCAGCGCAGACAGACACAGCACACACCACUCGACAGGUUACACCGACUCCCUCAGCGCCGCGGGUCGGACGGCUCCGUACGCCUCCACCAGUGACAGACCUCGAACCCAAGACACCCGAUCGGCAUUGCCAAACCAAGACAGAUCAGCUACGGGCGGCAGCCGCACGCUGGGGGAAAUCGCCCGAUCGGGGGGGGGUUCGCUGGGAACUGUGCGGUCGCGGUCCCGCGGGCGUCCGGACCAUCGCGAACCGCGACGGUCGAGGUCCCGUCGGCGUCCGGACAAUCCACCUCAAGCGUCCUCCGAGCCGGUGCCCGCUGGUCGCGGGAGUUCACGAUGGGAAGCCAAGGAAAGGAAUACGCCCAGCAAACCCGCCAAAGAUUCGGACGAGGGGGGAAAUCUCCCAUCGUCGAGUGGUGGUGCUGCUGCUACCACGUCUCGAAGUACUGGGGACAAUGCCCAAGUGAAGCGAAAAGAGUGUGCGUAUGCACACGAUCGGAACCAACGGCCCCGGCAUAACGACGACAACGAUGUCACAGGGCGACCUCCGGCGUCGUCGGACUUUUACACGGGCCGCCCCCAUGUGGAUUACAGCAGCGCUGUCACAAGUCGAGACGACUCAUUCCGACGUGCGGAUCGGCUUGACCAAGGCAGCAAGUCGUCCCCGGCAAGAUCCAGACACCAGCUGUCGUCGUCGAAUGACCGAGAAGCUCCCGCGGAGAGAUUAGCGGCAUCUGCCGACCGAUCGACGCCGGAACGACCCGUCAUGGCACGAACGAUUGAGAUGCUGCAGGACAAGAAGGACGGCGGCGGCGACGGCGGCCAUUACACGCCCGACUCGGACACGGGGUCGUUGCAGUUGCGCGACAUUCUAAACCCCGCGCGGCAUUCCCAGUAUGAAGUCGACGAAUGCGAAGUCGAUUACAGCGACGACGACUAAGCCAAAGAAGUACCUAUGUAAAUAUGACAUGUGUUCAACGUGUGGAUGGCCGA